AUGGCACUGCGAGAGAGAGAAACCAGCAGCAGCUCCAUCAAUGACAAGCAAGAACAGAACUGCAGUCGUGUUAUUACAAUUGUCUUCCUGGCACUCUUCAUUGACUUGUUGGGAUUUGCUCUCAUCUUGCCACUGUUUCCUUCCAUCCUUGAUUAUUACAGCCAGACUGAGGAUGGAUUCUAUUUGUCAUUGCAACGUGGUGUGGACUGGUUUGCAGUGAUGGUUGGGAUGCCUCCAGAGCAGAAAUACAACAGUGUCUUGUUUGGAGGUCUGAUUGGCUCUAUCUUUUCUGUCCUACAGUUCUUCUCCUCUCCGCUCACUGGUGCUGUGUCAGACUGCUUGGGCAGAAGGCCUGUAAUCUUGAUGACAGUGAUGGGUUUGAUAAUGUCAUACGCACUGUGGGCUGCCUCUAGGACUUUCGGCGUUUUUCUUCUCUCCAGGAUCAUAGGUGGAAUAAGCAAAGGGAAUGUCAGCCUCUCCACAGCUGUAAUUGCUGACUUGCACUCUCCAAAAGCACGGAGCAAGGGCAUGGCAAUGAUUGGCGUUGCUUUCUCCCUUGGUUUUACCCUGGGUCCCAUGAUUGGAGCAUACCUAGCCAUGGAGACAGAGAAAGGAGAAGUCUUCUAUCUUCGUUCGGCAUUGUUAGCACUCAUGUUUGCUGUGGCUGAUUUAAUUUUCAUCUUCUUCCUACUUCCGGAAACACUUCCCAAAGAAAAAAGGGUCUCUUCUGUGACAUCUGGAUUUCAGGCAGCAGUUGACUUGCUCAGUCCUUUGGCUUUAUUUCAGUUCUCUGCAGUCACCCGAGGAAAGGAAUCCCCUUCAGACAAGAAUCUUCAGAAUCUCAAAAUCUUGGGCCUGGCUUAUUUCCUGUACCUCUUCCUGUUUUCCGGCUUGGAGUAUACACUGAGUUUUCUCACUCACCAGAGAUUCCAGUUCAGCAGCAUGCAGCAGGGCAAGAUGUUUUUCUUUAUUGGAAUAACAAUGGCUGUGAUCCAGGGAGGCUAUGCUCGCCGAAUCAAGCCAGGAAAUGAAAUCAGAGCUGUAAAAAGGGCUAUUAUGUUGCUGAUUCCAGCUUUCUUGUUAAUUGGAUGGGCUGCAAAUGUGACCAUGCUGAGUGUUGGACUGUUGCUGUACUCCUUUGCUGCGGCCAUUGUUAUCCCGUGUUUGUCAGCAGUGGUGUCAGGCUAUGGCUCUGCCAGCCAGAAAGGACGAGUCAUGGGGAUCCUGAGGAGCCUGGGCGCCCUUGCCAGAGCCCUGGGACCGAUCCUGUCAGCUACAGUUUAUUGGCUGGCAGGAGCAGAGGUUUGCUUCACUGUCUGUGGUGCUUUCUUCCUCAUCCCCUUCGUUUUACUUGGGUCUAUAAAACAGCAGACCAAGGGGGAGUAGGAAUUAACAGCAGAACCAUCACCAGCUUCCGAGGACCUCUACAAGACCUGACUCUUGGCACCUGACUCUGCUGAUCAAACAGGAAGAGGAGGAUUUUGA